UUUCCGGGCCAUUCUACAUGGCAUGGCUCUCGUACUAAUGGCCGCUUCCGACGACACGUGGCUCCCGAACGAUUGGACUCGAUGGAGGUGCUCCAAAGCUGGAUUGAAGAGCCCCCUGGUGUCCGCGGUCGACUCCGACACGUGUAGCGCAUCCGCGCGGGUCGUACCGCAGGUUCUCCCUUCUCCUCUGCUCCGCCCCCCUCUCCUCCGCUGUUGCCGUCCAACCGUGGUCGGACCUUCGCACUGUCCGAUCACUCUCUUCUCCUCUCCCUCCCAACGCGCCGCCAUUACAACUGAGAAGGUGCAACCGAAGCCGAGGGGAGAUGUUUCGAAUUUCCGCAGACCAGGAUCGGCUCCGGCUGAAGCGAAAGAUCGGAUCAUUUUAGGCUUUAGAGCGGGAAAUUUCGUCGCCAAGGAAGAAAUGACGUCCGAACCGGCGGAGCAGCAUGAUGGAUCUGCGGAAACUGCUGCCGACGAGGAGGGCUGGGUGCCGAGGGUCGACAUGGUGUUCGAGAACGAUGAGAAGGCCUACCUUUUCUACUGCCUCUACGGCAUGCGGAUGGGGUUUGGUGUCCGGAAGCAUCUGGUGAAGCGGCGGUCCUCUGGGUCGGUGUACUGCCGGGUGUUCUCCUGCUACAAAGAAGGGUUCUGUAGGAGCCUCAAGGAGGGGAAGAAGCCAAAGCCGAACGCCAGGAGCGGCUGCCAAGCUCACAUGACCAUCCGGAUCUUGGACAAUGGUGGAUUUCGCGUGAGUGAGUUCGAGCCGCAGCAUAACCAUGAUCUAGCUCCCGAGGUUCCAUUGCUUGUCACCGAUUCGACUAGUGGAUCAGAUACAACACGAAAAGCUGGCGAUAAGAACGCCCUAAAGCAAGCGAUGGUUCGGCGAAGUCUUGCAAAUUUUGUGCCGCUGAAAUCUAUCAAUGCCACAAAGGUUGAAGAUUUGGGAACAGCUUUGAGAUAUAUGCAGCGAAGAGUGCCAGAGACCUGCUGUGGUUACUCCUCUACCAAAACAGGGGAGGCGCAUCAUUGCAUUGAUGAUGCCCAGCACGAGAGCUUGGUGCCCAAGGUCGAUCUGGAAUUUGAGGAUGAUGAAGAGGCCUACCUGUUUUAUAUUAACUAUGCUACCAGCAUCGGAUUUAGUGUUAGAAAGCAUCUAGUGAAACGCAGAGCCUCGGGCGUGGUUUAUUCCAGGACUUAUGUUUGUCACAAGGAGGGAUUUCGUCGAAAGAAAGAUGAGCAGAGGAAAAGGUGUCCAAAGCCGUAUGACAGAACGGGUUGUCUUGCAUCCAUGACCAUUAAGAUCACGAAGAAUGGGAGGUAUCGUGUGUCAGAAUUCAUGCCAAAGCACAAUCAUCCACUAGUAAUCCCAUCCAAAGCUCACUUAUUCAGAUGGCGUUGGCGUAGGGGGAUGCUUAAAUCUCAGGCUGAUUUAGUGGAUCUUGAUGAUGAAUUUGGGGCAGUGUCAGAAACUAUGGAGGAACAAAUUGAUGCACCGAGAGACAGUUGUCGUGAUCCCAUUUUUACUUCUGUAAAUUGCAAGAAUUACAUUCCAUCCAAGCGGACAAACGAUGUUAGGAUUGGAGAUGUUGGAGCCAUGAUGCAAUACUUUCAUGAGAAACAGAUUGCUGAUCCCUCCUUUUACUAUGCAUUGCAGCUGGACAGGGAUGACCAAAUAGCAAAUGUUUUUUGGAGUGAUGCCAAGUCUAUAGUUGACUUUGAAUACUUUGGUGAUGUCGUCUGUUUUGACACAUCAUAUAAGACGAGUGACUAUGGUAGGCCAUUUGCACCCUUCAUUGGCGUAAACCAUCAUAAGCAAGCCAUCAUAUUUGGUGCUGCAAUGCUUUAUGAUGAAACAGAAGAAUCUUUCAAAUGGUUAUUUCAGACAUUCAAGGAUGCCAUGAACGGAAAACAACCCAAGGUUAUCCUGACAGGCCAAUCUAAGAUGAUGAGUAAUGCAUUAGCUGCGACGUGGCCAGGUACAACACAUCGUCUUUGUGUGUGGCAGUUGUACAAUGAUGCUACCAUGUACCUAAAUUUCAUCUUCCAAGGUUCAAAAACUUUCUCUAGAGAUUUCAGUAAAUGCAUUUAUGAUUAUGAGGAUGAGGAAGAGUUUUUGUCAGGCUGGCAAACUUUAUUGCAAAGUUAUGAUCUCCAUGCGAAUGAAUGGUUGGCUAGUCUAUAUGAAGAUAGGAAGAAAUGGGCGCUGCCGUAUGAACGACAAAUGUUUUGUGCAGACAUGACAUCCACACUGGUUAGUGAAAAUAUGAACAGUGAACUCAAAGAAUAUUUGGACCCAAAACUCGAUCUUCUGGACUUCUUUAAACGCUAUGAAGAAAUUGUCGAUAAGCGAAGAGAUGCUGAAUUAGAAUAUGAUAUCCAUGCACACCAAUGUAUUGCUAAAUUGCCUUUUUCCCGAAUGUUGAGACAGGCUGCAAAUAUGUAUACACCUGCUGUAUAUAAGACAUUCCAAACAGAGUUUGAAUUGUCCAUGGAUUGUAUGGUAUAUUGUUGCGGACAAGAAGGGACAAUGUUUCGGUACAAGGUUACCAUUGAGGAUAAGGCAAAGGAAUACAUUGUUGAAUUUGACUCAUCAAAUGGUACAGUUGCAUGCAGUUGCAAAAGAUUCGAGUUUGUAGGUAUUCAUUGCCGUCAUGUGCUUAAGACACUUGAUGUUAUAAAUAUUAAGGAGUUGCCACCGCAUUAUAUAUUGAAGCGGUGGACUAAAGAUGCAAAGGUGACAAACCUACAUGAAAAUCAUGGAAUAGCAGUUAAUGGGGAAAACAGAUCAACUGUUGGAAGGCGAUAUAGCUCUUUGUGCUCCAUUCUGAAUAAAAUUGCAGUAAGAGCUGCAGAAAAUUUGGAAUCGUAUAUGUUUAUUGAGAGCUUAUCAGGCCAACUUAUGGACCAAAUACACCAGAUCAUGCAAACUGCAACUUCUGGAGAUCCUGACGAUGGAAUUUCUGGGUUCUAACAGGUGUCACCAAACAUUUCAGAAUGGAUCAGUCAGCUGGCAAUCGCUGCUGGCUGAACUACCAGUCACGGUGGUUGGAAGCGUGAGACUUCGAUGUUGGAUUUUUGUCUCUUUUGCCCCCUUAUUAGAGGAAGAGCGCUAAAUUGAUGGGGAAGGGAAUUGCAUGUAAGACUUUCCAUUUGCUUGCUUAACGAUCAGAGUCUCUAAAUUUGUGAAGUUAACAUGAGGUAUGCAGUUACACAAGUAAUACUGGAAGCGCGGCCAACAAGUUGAUGGAUAUUUAUGGAGUAUACAUGCGCACGGCUGGUAUAUUAAAGCACUUGCUUUUAAGUGCUAUGCUUGUGCAUCUUUAUUCCUUUGCUUUUAUUUUGUUCCCAUAAUACCUAACUUACCAACUUUGAAAUAGUAGUCAGAGUGGUAUUUUUGUUAGAUAAUAUGAUUUGCAGAAGAACAGUAUGACCAACAGAUCAACUGUCUCAAUGCCUACUAUUUGUCUAGUUUUCCUAAGCCUUUUCCUGAAGUCCAUGAUGAGUCUUGAUGGUUAAGUCGAUUGUGAUUGUAGAUAUAUGUUAAUCUAAGUCUUAUUUUCCAUGAUGUA